AUGCCGGAGAUGGGGGUAAGGAUUUGCAUAUGUUUGUUUGGAGUUCCAGUGCUUCGCCGGUUUCCGAGGGCGGAAUCAACGUUUUCCGGACUGCGGAUUACGACGCCGGCGCCGGCGGAGUCAAUCAGAAAGACUUCGAUGAGUUUGGUCGGGAUGAGUUCAGCUUUGGGAACAGAUCCGCCGUGAAUGGCGGAGGACAUGACGGCGGUCCGGUGCUGUCGAAGCUCGGAUCGAGCUCUACUGCCGAGCUGCACCCGAAAACCGCCGAGGACCAGGCGGAUUCUAAACCAACCACCAUGCCGCCGGCGAGUGUGAUGACAAGAUUGAUUUUGAUUAUGGUUUGGAGGAAACUCAUUAGAAAUCCCAAUACUUAUUCUAGCUUGAUUGGCCUCGCUUGGUCUUUGAUCUCAUUUAGGUGGAACAUUGUGAUGCCGGCCAUUGUUGCCCGAUCGAUCGCCAUUUUGUCGGAUGCCGGGCUUGGGAUGGCCAUGUUCAGUCUCGGGUUGUUCAUGGCCUUGCAGCCUAGGAUCAUUGCCUGUGGAAACACCAUCGCUUCGUUCGCCAUGGCGGUUCGGUUCAUCACCGGUCCGGCCGUGAUGGCAGCCGCCUCCGUUGCGGUUGGACUGAGAGGAGCUCUGCUGCACAUUGCCAUAGUUCAGGCUGCUCUCCCUCAAGGGAUUGUCCCUUUUGUGUUUGCCAAGGAGUACAAUGUCCAUCCCGACAUUUUAAGCACAGG